AUGGCAAGGCCGCAGCCGUGCGGGCCCCCGCACGCUAGGUGCGGCUCGCCGUCGCUGCCGGAGCGGCCGCUGCAGGUGAAGGUGGUGGGGCUCUUCAGCUGCCCCAACUUUCAGAUUGCGAAGAGCGCCGCUGAGAAUCUGAAGAAUAAUCAUCCAUCCAAAUUUGAAGAUCCUAUAUUAGUUCCUCUUCAAGAAUUUGCAUGGCAUCAAUAUCUACAGGAGAAAAAAAGGGAACUCAAAAAUGAAACCUGGGAAUAUUCUUCCUCUGUGAUUUCUUUUGUUAAUGGUCAGUUUCUGGGUGAUGCAUUGGAUCUGCAGAAAUGGGCCCACGAGGUGUGGGAUAUAGUUGACAUUAAACCCUCUGCACUUUAUGACGCACUCACUGAGGAUUUUUCCGCUAAAUUCUUAAGAGACACCAAGCAUGAUUUCGUGUUUUUGGACAUUUGUAUUGAUUCUUCUCCAAUUGGAAGAUUGAUUUUUGAGCUAUACUGUGAUGUGUGUCCCAAAACAUGUAAAAAUUUUCAGGUCUUGUGCACAGGAAAAGCAGGGUUUUCUCAACGUGGCAUAAGACUACAUUACAAAAAUUCCAUUUUUCAUCGAAUAGUACAGAAUGGCUGGAUACAAGGAGGGGAUAUAGUGUAUGGAAAAGGAGAUAAUGGAGAGUCGAUUUAUGGUCCAACAUUUGAAGAGUUGUGUUCCCACCCAUACUGGACCAAGGUGAUUAGGAGAGCAAACAGGAUGAACAGUGACAACAUGGUGUUCCGUUGGGCCUUAGCAUGGCCUCUACACCCAACAAGGACAAAAGAGGUGUUUCCCAGGAGCUUGGCUAAAGCUACAGAAAAUAAGUAUUAUAAUCAGGAAGGAGAAAAAUAUUAAAGCUCCAGCAGAAAUGGUGCCAACUGAUCUUCCACAUGGGACACGGGUGAAGAUCUCUCCAGGAUACCUCAGCUGCGAUGGGCUCAGCGAGGCUGCCUCAGUGGGAGGGGCUUGCAUCAGGUGGUAAUCCAUGGGUCUGCUGGUCAGAGAAGCGGGCCCUACACGAGGCAGAUGGCACUAUGGCCACCCUGCAAGUGGGCUGUCAUUGGUAUUUUGAUAGAGAUUGCAUUGACUCUAGAUUGCUUUGGAUAGUAUGGACAUUUUAAAUAAUAUUGAUUCUUCUAGCCUAUGAACAUGAAAUAGCUUUCCAUUUUUUGGGCAUCCUCUUCAAUUUCUUUCAUCAGUGUUGUAUAGUUUUCAUUAUAGAGAUUUUUCACUUUGGUUAAUUCCUAUUAAUUUAGUUUUAUUUGUAAGUGGGGUUACUUUUUAGAUUUCUUUUUCAGAUUGUUCAGUGUUGGCAUAUAGAAAUGCUGUUGAUUUUUGUAUGUUUUUGUAUCUUGCAACUUUACUGAAUUUAUUUAUCAGUUCUAAUAGACUUUUGUGGGGAGUCUGUAGGUUUUUCUAAAUAUGAGAUCAUGUAAUCUAUAAACAAGGAUAAUUUGACCUCUUCUUUUUUUUUGAGAUGGAGUCUCACGACACUGUCGCCCAGGCUGGGGUGCAGUGGCGUGAUCUCAGCUCACUGCAACCUCUGCCUCCUGGGUUCAAGUGAUUCUCCUGCCUCAGCCUCCUGAGUAGCUGGGAUUACAGGCAUCUGCCGCCCUGCCUGGCUAAUUUUUUUGUAUUUUUAGUAGAGAUGGGGUUUCACCAUGUUGGCCAGGCUUGUCUGGAACUCCUGACCUCAAGUGAUCCGCCUGCCUUGGCCUUCCAAAGUGCUGGGAUUACAGGCGUGAGCCACCGCACCUGACCUGACCUCUUUCUUUCCAAUUUGGACCCCCUUUAUUUCUUUCUCUUGUCUGGUUGCUCUAGCUACAUAGUACUAGGAGAACUAUACCCAGUCUUUUGAGGGUUUUUAAUCAUGAAGGGAUGUGAAUUUUAUCAAAUGCUUUUUCAGCAUUAAUUGAAAUGAUCAUAUGGUUUUUAUCCUUCAUUUUGUCGAUAUCACAUUGAUUGAUUUGCAUACAUUGAACCAUCCUUGCAUCUCAAGGAUAAGUCCUGCUUGGUCAUGAUGCAUGGCCCUUUUAAUGUAUUGUUGAAUUUGGUUUGUAAGUAUUUUGUUGAGGACUUUUGCAUCAGUAUUCAUCAGAGGUAGUGGCCUGUAGUUUUCUUUUUAUGAUGUGCCUUUGUCUGGUUUUGGUAUUCAGGGUAAUACUGGCCUUGUAAAAUGAGUUUAGAAGUAUUCCCUCAGGAGGAGGAAAUUUUUUUAAACCAAAAGUAAAUAAAGAAAGGUAAAAAUUAUUUACAGGAAAGUGACAAAUAUUAAAGAAAGAGGAGAUUUAACAUUUAGAUGAUACGUAUCUCUAAGGAAUUAAAUUAAUGCAGGGGAACAGAAUGAAUGCUAAGACUAUAAUUAAAGAAAACUUCCCUAAAAUAUAAAAAGGAUUUGAGGUUCUAUAUCUUAUUUUAGGUGGUGGUUAUACAGCAUCAAACUGAUCAUCAAAUAUGUAUUUAUUAAAUUUUAAUAAAAUGCAUAUAUCUUAGAUGUUUGAUGCAUUUUGACAAUUGUGUAUACCUCAAGCAUAUGUUUAUACCGUAAGUAGAAAUAUUUAUAUAUCUCAAGUGAAAAUGUUUAUACCUCAAAUAAAAGUAUCU